GCCACACAAAGGGUCAGUUACCCUAGCGGUAAAAUUAAAGUGCUCAGCAACAUGCUGCUUUUUGUGCGGAGUUAACCCACUAAGUUCGCGACGCUUGAAGUUCAGAACUACUUGACUGGAACAUAAUCGAAAGAUUUGGUCCAUCCAAGUGGUCUUCGUUUGCGUUUUAGCUUCGGAGCCUAGUUAUCUUAGCUAAGCUUAGCUUAGCUUAGCUUGCGAACACAGACCAACGUGGUUCGACGCUUGAACAUCAAGUUGGAGCCUUCUAAAGUGUGCAAAAUGCACGCAAGAACGACGCCAGCAGCAAAGUUCGAGGCGGAACUUUGUGGCGCAAAAGAUCUGCGACAACAUCAAUGCUCGGCUUCUUGCAAAAUGCAAGUAAAGGUUGUGCCUCGCACACUACCAGAUCUAUAUGUCAGCCAAGACCAUCGUCCUGAGCACCAAGAGUCUGCAUGCAUCAAAGAGGAGGAAGAGUCUAGACCCAUCCAAGGUUUCAGCGAAUAUCUUGGUCCUGAUGCUAAACAGCUAAAGAAAGAAGUACAACUUCCAAUCAAAAAGGAGGAGGUAGCGCUUCCUUAUGUUAAAGAGGAGGAUGAUAUCACCAUGUUGACUGGUGAGCCCUCGAAUGGCGAGGAUGGUCCGAGUGAGGUAAGCAGAGGGACGGAGCCUCCAAGCGGCACCAGCAGCAGCUCAACAGAAAGACACAUUUUCAUUGCACCAUCAGAUAGAAAAGGCGCCACGUCACGCUCCCCUUACAAAGAUGGUGGUCAGAAGAAAUCUCACCGUGACGGCCAACUCUGCAAAUGCUCUCAGUGUGGGAAAAACUUUGCUAAUAACUAUUCUUUUCGUAUGCAUAUGAGGAGCCACACUGACGAAAAACCUUUUGUCUGCUCAGUUUGUGGUCAAAAGUUCACUCAGAAGACCAACUUAAACACACACACCAGAACCCACACUGGUGAAAAACCUUUUGUCUGCUCAGUUUGUGGUCAAAAUUUCACUCAGAAGAGCAACUUAAAAAGUCACUCGAGAAACCACACCGGAGAAAAACCUUUUGCCUGCUCAGUUUGUGGUCAAAAAUUCGCUCAGAAGACCCACUUAAACACACACACCAGAACCCACACUGGUGAAAAACCUUUUGUCUGCUCAGUUUGUGGUCAAAAUUUCACUCAGCAGAGCAGCUUAAAAAAUCACACUAGAAUUCACACUGGUGAAAAACCUUUUUCCUGCUCAGUUUGUGGAAAAAGAUUCACGCAGAAGGGCACCUUAAACACACACACAAGAACCCACACUGGUGAAAAACGUUUUUCCUGCUCAGUUUGUGGUCAGGGAUUCACUUCAAAGGAAAGCUUAAAAAGACACUCGAGAACCCACACUGGAGAAAAACCUUUUGCCUGCUUAGAUUGUGGGAAAAAAUUCAGUCGCAAAAACGUCUUAAAAAGUCACGCUAGCACUCACGCUGGUGAAAAACCUUUUUCCUGCUCAGUUUGUGGAAAAAGAUUCGCUCAGAAAAACACCUUAAACAUACACACAAGAACCCACACUGGUGAAAAACCGUUUUCAUGCUCAGUUUGUGGUCAAAGAUUCACUCAAAUUCACCCCUUAAAAGUACACACAAGAACCCACUCUGGAGAAAACCUUUUUCUUGCUUAGUUUAUGGUCAAGGAUUUGAUCACAAGGAUCGGAUUAAGAGACAUGUGUGUGUUGGUGUGAGAAGCAGUGGCCAAUGACUCUUUUGCCUGUCAUCCAUGCUGCCUUCAUUGGAUUGUGCUCACAGGACGAUUGUAUUCUGGAGAGCUUCCUCAAAUCCUGUUGAGGAUUGGCACUUGUAUAAUGUGGAUCCACACUUUUGCCAAAAGUAUUGGCUCACCUGCUUUAACUCUCAAGUUGAGUGGCAUUAUUUAUACAAUACUUUCCCUCUUUCAAACUACACUUUUCAGAAUGAAUAUUUGAAACAAUAGACCCUAAAUUACAAAAAUUCUAAAUCAUUCAUCAAUAUAAUAAUUACAUAAAAAUGGAAAAUUAUGACUCGCAAAUAUUCGUUUUUUGGGGGAGGGGUGAUUAUAAUUUUAAAAGUUACUAUUACUCCACUUGAUUGACAGUGACAUAUUACGACGGAGUAUUGUGGCCAAAUAAAGGGAGGGGAAAAAAUGACUACGAGAUUGAAGUUGUACUCUUACUACAAGAAAAAAAGUCGUAUUACGUAGGAGUAAUGUAGCUUGUAGUGGACCAAAGAUACACGAGGACACUGGUGUUGCAACUUAGGUGAACAUUCAAUUUAAUAAAGUCACAAAAGAGAACCAAUAUAACAAAAUAUCUUGGGCCCAACAUAAACGAGGCCAACAUAACAAAAGGCUUCAACCAAACUGACCUGCAGACCCAUCUCUGCGGCUGCUUUAAUAAAGACAGACUACGAACUACCACCUGAGGGAGGCAUGACAACCAGUUAAGCAAACAUUGUCAAUUUAAACAACAACAGAUGGAGAAAUUACAUACAUCAACUUAGAACAAUAAUCAACUAAUGUGCAUUGAAAUUAUCCCUGAAAAUUUUACCCCAAACCAUAUUUAAAUCAACCUAAAUAUUCCCCCUCCAGAAUAGGAGGUGCCAGAUCUUGAACAGCUGUGGUCGCUACCUCAAAUAAGAAAAUCAGAUCCCAUAAGCAUUCAAACAAACUUUAACCAAAGUGUACAUGUCCAAAAGAAUAUCACAUAAAUAACUAAAUCUUGAAACACUAAAUGGUGCCGGUAGUGGUAGCCACCACAUAGCUGAAUAAGGGGCUACGCACUUUAUGUACAUGUACCUUAGCCGGGAACUCCGACAAAGCAUCAGUAAAAGUGCAAAACAAUAUCGGUAUCUGAUCGGAAGUGCAAAAACCUGGAUAGGGGGAUCCCUAAUUCGACCGCCAUAUUGUCCGUCAUUGUUUAUCCGUAUUCUCAAUGGUUUCAAUUUUUCGUGCAAUUUAUAGACCCUACCCACCGACGUCAAAAAAUCACGUGAUCGCUGUAUUGUUCUGCCCCCUUGUCCGUCAUUUUGUGUCUGUAUUAUCAAUGGUCUCAAUUGAUCGAGCAAUUUAUAAUGCAUUUCAUGGAAGACCCGGUGCUUUCGGAUGCCGUAAACUCACUUGAUGCGUUGCAUAAAAGGCGUUAUGUGGAAAAGCUUCAGUUUAUCCAUUCGCCAGAUCCAUAUUUGAUGCCUAAAUCUAUGUUUUUCGACCCGCUGUCUUCGACGUAUUUGCCUGACAUCUGCUAGCUACCCUGAUAUUUAAAACUAUCUUGUCCACACAAAAUCAGCCUAUUCUCACGAAAGUUUGAAAAACUUUAAGAGCUUGGAGGCUUAUAAAUACUUUGUUGCUGGUUGGGUGAAACAGGUCCUCGUCCACGAAAAUUCGGCAGGAAUCUAUCUUGUGCUUGGAAAGGUGAGUUACGAAAUUUUCAAUUCAAAAUCUUUUGUUCUUGCUAACAUCCACUGUCAAGUCCAAUGUAUUUCAUGUCAUUUGUCAAUGGAGCUGGGGCUUUUAAUGUUUAUAUGGUUUAGCGAUAGCACUCUCACUACAUACAUACGUGUAUGUUGUCGGCGAUUAGCCUAGCAAUGAUCUUAAUUGUGGUUGUCAUCCCCAAACCCUCUAAAUAUAUUUUAAAUGCAUCUUACCAGAUAUAAAAUGACUACUACAUAAUCGGUGGUAAUCGUUUGGAUCCCAGUUUUCUCGUCGAAUUGCAGCAGCCCAUCUCGCUCUCUCCUCUCCGGGUCUCUCGGAAUCCGGUAGAACUUCAAGUCUCUCCGUCUAUCUUCUCUGUUAUUGCAACCAACCGCCACACACGUCUUCACCAUUUUGAUUAUUAAUGUUAACGAGCAGAAAAACACGCCGUAAAUAGGAGGAAUGUACGUAGCCGUAACAGGUAAACACGAUGUGUUGACGGACAAUUUGGCGGCACCAGUCAGGAGGGCGGAGUUGUGACGUCACGUGGGUAGGGUCUAUAGUGCAAUUCAUGGAAGCCCCGGUGCUUUCAGACGCUGUAAACUCAUUGGAUGUGUUGCAUAAAAGGCGUUAUGUGGAAAAGCUUCAGUCUAUCCAUUCGCCAGAUCCAUAUUUGAUGCCUAAAUCGAUAUUUUUCGACCCGUUGUCUUUACCGUCUCUGCCUGACAUCUGCUACCCUGAUAUCUACAACUAUCUUGUCCACAGAAACUCAGCCUAUUCUCACGAAAUUUUGAAAAACGUUAAGAGCAGCACUCUAAGCAGCAUUACCCCGUAUGACCCUUCCAAUUUUCUAAAAUGGCGAUAAUCGAUAAAAAAAAAAGUUGACUGCGAUGGCCGACGCUUCAAGGAUAGGUGGAUAUUGGACUAUUUCUUCAAUAAAAUACGCAACAACUGUGUCUGCCUCAUUUGCAAAGAGACAGGCGCUGUUUUCAAAGAGUUCGCUGUGACGCGAUAUUACCAAACAAGACACGCUGACAUGUACGACAUUACAGAGAAGAUACGCAGCGAGAAAUGAAAGCAACUUGAAGCUCGUUUAAUUUCACAGCAGUAGUAUUUCGCAAGAGCCCGAGUGUCGAAAGAGAACGCCACAAAGGCAACAUUGUUGAAAUUAUGAAUUAAAAAAAUAAUAAUAAAGCAAGUGUGACACACAGAGCUUGCUAAAAUGUGUUUAAAUAUAUUGUUCUACGUAAAUCAGCCAAGGUAGCCCCCCACAUUUUUACCACACCAAAUCUGGCCCCCUUUGCAAAAAGUUUGGACACCCCUGUUUAACUGAUGAUCCGGAGACGAGGCCAGCUUCUUUCAAUUGGUACCAGCUAAAUAUUAUUCAAAAAAUAAUGAUGGCGGAGGAAAUAAACAUCUUGAAUUUGAAACUGUAUGUUGUCGGCGAUUAGCCUCGCAAUGAUCUUGAUUGUGGUUGUCAGCCCAAAACCCUCUAAAUAUAUAUUAAAUGCAUCUUACCAGAUAUAAAAUGACUACUACAUAAUCUGUGGUGAUCGUUUGGUGCCCAGUUUUCACGUCGAAUUGCAGUAGUCCAUCUCGCUCUCCUCUCCGGGUCUCUCGGAAUACGGUAGAACUUCAAGUCUCUCCGUCUAUCUUCUCUUUUACUGCAACCAACCGCCACACACGCCUUCACCAUUUUGAUUAUUAAUCUUAACGAGCAGAAAAGUAAGCCAUAAUAGGAGGAAUUUACGUAGCGGUGAUGCAUAAACCUGACGAGCUGACGGACAAUAUGGCGCGGAGGCGUGGUUGUGACGUCAUGUGAGUGGGGUCUAUAGACCCCAAUCACCAACGUCACACAAUCACGUGAUCGCUGUAUUGUGCCGCCAUAUUGUUAGUCAUUGUGUGUCCGUAUUGUCAAUGAUUGUAGUUUCUAAAGGUGGAUUCACUUGCACAUUAUGGAAGCCACAGUGCUUUCAGACGCUGUAAACUCAUUGGAUGAGUUGCAUAAAAGCCGUUAUUUGGAAAAGCUUUGGUCGAUUCAAUCGCCAGAUCCAUAUUUGAUGCCCAAACCGAUGUUUCCUCCCGUCCCGAGACCACAAAAUUUCCAAUCACACUCCAGUUUAUGUCACGAUAAGGAGUCGGGUACCCAAAAUCGGCACCGGCCCGAAUAUGAACCGAGAUGUGGUCAGCUGAGCGUCACCGUUGUCACGAUUGUAAAAUGAAAUUUGAUGGACAACGGGCCGGUGUGUGCCGAAAAAUAGCUGCUCCGCGUGAAAUGUUCCCCCUGCCAGGAGCACUUAUUUAUAACGCUUUAUUGACGUGAAAACAUCAAAUGUUUUAAUGGACGGCUUACAGUAAUGGAUUUACGACUGUAAGAUCAGUUUUAAAUAAGUUACACAAAAUAUUAGUAAUGUAUUUUCGUAACAAAUCGUGGACUGGGCCACAUAACCAUCUUUAAACAGAAAUGUAUUAGUCUUCAGGUUUUCACGACCAUAUCCCAAUGACAAUCACGCACGUAUGACAUUUAGAGCUGUUACGACACGUGAUUGGGGUCUAUACUCGAAGUAUCGCGCGGCAGAUCUGGCCGCUUCUUUUGUAUAGCAUACGAGGCUAAACAAGUUGCCCUACAAGCAGUCACACAGCUAAAAUGGAGGUUGUAAAUGAGCGCUUAUAUGGCAACCCACGCUCUGCUAAAGAAUGAGAAAAGUCAAUGUACGCAACAUGGCAGUGACAUGUGCAUUUAUGUCGUUUAAAAAAAAAUUUUUUUUUUUUUUUUUUACUUUUUUUAGUUUAACGCAAACACCUAAGCCUAUUUUUUUUUUCCAAAUCUGCAUACCUUUGAUGAUGCCUUUAUAUUUCAAAGAAAAAUAAUCGCAAUUGCCCGAUUGGAUCCCCUUUUUAGGACACCAUAACCUUCAUAUCCAAACUUGUUUUUUUCAACCAAUUAUAAUCAACAUUUUGGACCCAAACAGAUAAAAUAAAUCAAAACAUUUUUGUCAAAAUUUCUAAUAUUGAUGUCCCAUUGACAACCAAACAGGCUCGACGAAACGUUUUUAAGCUUGAUAUUUAUUCACUAUGUUAGGAUAAACAUUCAACAAAAAAAAUGAGACUGAACAGUUUUAUAUUUGAUACGGCAACAAAAACAGCAGGUAUGAUCAAAGGCGUUUUUGUCCUUCCUACAUAUUAUGGUCAAAACAGGUUAUAUACAGGAGACAAUCAGUGCAAAAUAGUGACUAUAUCAAUAAAAUAUAUUAUACACAGUAGAAGCGUGCAAAAUUUCCGAUUCUCAGAUUAUUCACGAUUCGGCCGUGGAAGAUUCGAGAACGAUUUACAAACAUCCAAAUUCCGAUUAUUGAAUUAUACCUGGUACCCGCCUGGUAAAGCGGAAAUAAAACAGUCAGCGGGGUAUUCGGGAUGCAGCGAGGAACGGACCGAGAGUAAAUAUCAUGUGCAGCUAAUGCCGCUAGAUAAAAAAAAAAAACAAUAAUACCUGACCGCGGCCGUCAGCCGCUACAAAUAGCGCCUAGUUGCUACUUGCUAGUUACUACAAACAUACGGCAACAUACGGCUAUGGGAGAUAUCACAUAUAUCUAGAACUAAAUGUGAAAUGACAGACGACGGCCGUGUUAGACCAUGUAUCAAUAACUACAUGCGAAAUGACGGCCUUUCCCGCGCUACUAAACAGGCGCCAUCUUAAAACAGUAGACUUCUCUAGAGGGCUCUGUUGUAGUGAACCUAAUUACUUUUUAUCUAAAAUACCCCUAAAUCGGCAAAAUCUUGGCUUGAAUCUGUCUUUAAAUGAUGAAACAGUUUUAAAACUUUCACAGGUCGAAAGUAGACAUAAGGGAAAUUAUGGAAUAACAGGCGCAAUUUUAACAACUUUAACGGUUGAUUCACAACAUUAAAUUAAUUGAAUGUAGUUUAAAGCUGCUGAUACAGAAUGGGCACUUGAGUAUUUUAUUUACUGUUUUUAACAGGUAACUUGAUACUAAAAUACGGUAGUAGUUUGGUUUAUUUAGCCUGAGAGGAUUUUUGAACAAUUUUGGAACAAAUAUACAAAACAUAAAAAAAAAAUUUUUUAAAAAGGGUGGGGGGGGGGACUUCAAUAAUCGAUUUAUAAUCGAAUCGGAGCCUCUGAUUCGUAAUCGAAUCAAUAAGUGCCAAAAGAUUCCCACCUCUAAUACAUAUAUAUAAUAAUAUCUAAUACAUAAUAUGUUAUAUAUUUUGUAUAUUAGCUGCAAUAUAAAAUUUGUUAUACUUUUCCUGUCAAUGUGCAAAACAGGCCAUAAAAUGGCAACUAUAUUCAUUUCUUAAUCUUUGAUUACUCAAAGGCCUUGGUCAGUUCCUCUCUGACUGGAAACACAAGCCCACAUUGUUUGUCUCACACAUCCAGGCAGUGCUCCUCUGCAGAGUUGGCACCCCAUGCUGGCUCUCUGCGAUUUCGGUCUAUGACCACACUGGAAUCUACAGCAUCUCCACAGUCCUCUCCAGGACUUAGGUCAGGUAGAAGACGAGUGCUUAUUUCAUUGUUAUUUCAUAGCAUAUACACAGUAUAUGUGUUCCUCAUCCCAACACAAACUGUAGCAAAGUAGUAGCGGCAGUGAAAGUAGGUAGAAAUUUCAUGUCGGAAAUCCCUGACAUGAAGGUUGCC